AUGGAACAACUUAAGUGUUGUGGUCAGCUAGUAGGAUAGUGAAGAGAGUAAUAUUUGCUACAUCCAAAAUGUGUGAGAAUCAGCUCAAAACUAAAACUGAUGCAGUUGCACAAAUUGAAGUGAUACCAUGCAAGAUUUGUGGCGAUAAAUCCUCUGGAAUCCACUACGGAGUCAUCACAUGUGAAGGCUGUAAGGGAUUUUUUAGGAGGAGCCAGCAGAACAAUGCCUCUUAUUCCUGCCCGAGGCAGAGAAACUGUUUAAUUGACAGAACCAAUAGAAACCGUUGCCAACACUGCCGGCUGCAGAAGUGUCUUGCCCUGGGAAUGUCUAGAGAUGCUGUAAAGUUUGGGAGAAUGUCCAAGAAGCAGAGGGACAGCCUGUACGCUGAAGUGCAGAAGCACCAGCAACGGCUGCAGGAGCAGAGGCAGCAGCAGAGUGGUGAAACAGAGGCCCUUGCCAGGGUCUACAGCAGCAGCAUCAGCAACGGUCUGAACAACCUGAACAACGAAACAGGUGGCACUUACUCCAACGGGCAUGUCAUUGACCUGCCAAAGUCCGAGGGGUAUUAUAAUGUGGAUUCCGGCCAGCCCUCGCCGGAUCAGUCGGGACUGGAUAUGACUGGAAUCAAGCAGAUAAAGCAAGAACCUAUCUAUGACCUCACUUCUGUACCAAACUUGUUUACCUACAGCUCUUUCAACAACGGGCAGUUAGCACCGGGAAUAACCAUGACCGAAAUAGAUCGAAUUGCACAGAACAUCAUUAAAUCCCAUUUGGAGACGUGUCAAUAUACCAUAGAGGAACUUCACCAACUAGCAUGGCAGACCCAUACGUAUGAAGAAAUUAAAGUAUAUCAGAACAAGACCAGAGAAGCUCUGUGGCAGCAAUGUGCUAUCCAGAUCACUCACGCGAUCCAGUAUGUUGUAGAGUUCGCCAAGCGGAUAACAGGCUUCAUGGAGCUCUGUCAAAAUGAUCAAAUUCUCCUUCUGAAGUCAGGUUGUUUGGAAGUCGUUUUGGUGAGAAUGUGCCGUGCCUUCAACCCGUUAAACAACACUGUUCUGUUUGAAGGAAAGUAUGGAGGAAUGCAGAUGUUCAAAGCCUUAGGUUCUGAUGACCUGGUGAAUGAAGCGUUUGAUUUUGCAAAGAAUUUGUGUUCCUUGCAGCUGACUGAGGAGGAGAUUGCCUUGUUCUCAUCGGCCGUGCUGAUCUCCCCAGACCGAGCCUGGCUGAUCGAACCAAGGAAAGUCCAGAAACUUCAGGAGAAGAUUUAUUUUGCACUUCAGCAUGUAAUUCAGAAGAACCACCUUGAUGAUGAGACCUUGGCAAAGUUAAUAGCCAAGAUACCAACCAUUACUGCACUUUGCAACUUACACGGAGAGAAACUGCAGGUAUUCAAACAAUCUCAUCCUGAUAUAGUGAACACACUGUUUCCUCCGUUGUACAAGGAGCUUUUUAAUCCUGACUGUACCACCAGCUGCAAGUGAAGCAAAGAUAGAAAUGUCACAUAGUCAUGAAAUGCAUCACUAAGACAAAGAAAAUGUGUUCAUGAAGACUUAUGAAAAAUGUCACUACUGCAACACUAGGAAUGUCCUGCACUUAAUAGAAUUAUUUUUCACCGCUACAGUUUGAAGAAUGUAAAUAUGCACCUCUGAGUGGGGCUCUUUCCUUUUUUUUUUUUUUUUUGAACUGACCAUAAAUAUACAAAUAUAGGACACUGGGUUUAUUCUUUUUUUUUAAUUUUAUUGGGGUAUGUUUUGGGAGACAACUGUUCAUAGAAUUUUAUUGUAGAUAUAAAUGAGAACAGAGCAGUACUUUACAGUAUUACUCUUGCUGUUUAUUGUUCAAAUAUAAUUUAAGAAUAUUCCACUUAUUAGACUUACCUAUUUCUAUGUUUUUAGAUUAGAUAAUGCAUGUGGAAAUUUGUAGCUGUCUUGAAAAGUACUGUGCAUAUAUGUAAUAAAUAUAUAGUAUAGGAUAUAUUAUAUAUAACUAUUACUGAUAUAUGCACAUACAUUGUGGCUUAAAAUCCCAUGCCUACUUGCAAAGGAUGCACAGUCAGGCUCCCUUGUAUUAUUUACCUUUCGUAUUAUAUGUUAGCUUUAUGUUAGCAAGAUGAAUUUUGCUUAGCUGACUGGAGUUUAGUAAUCCAUUACCACACACAGGAUGGUAGUAGCAUUUCUGAAGUACUUGUAUACAGAAAUGUAUGUAAUAGAUGGUCACUUCAAAGAAACAGCCCUGAUUGUGUCGAUGGCACAAAAGCCUUGUCUGGAUGGUUCAAACUGGAAAAAAAAAAAAAGAAAGGAAAUUUAAAGCCCUCUACCUGUUCUGAGGAUGAGGUGAAAUUCACAGAUUCAGACCCAUGGCUGAUAAAGUAUUUGACCAAAUGGAGUAAAUACUUAAGUUUCCCCCAUUAGAAAAUGCAAACUUUUUUUUCUUGAAUCACCAGCUAUCAAAAAAAAUGUUCAUUCAGUUGAAGGUGUCUUUGAUGUUGUUUUUUUAGUUGAGAAAAUUUGUUGACCACAAAUAUUGCUAGUUAAAACACGGGGAACUACUUUUGAGACUGUGGGCAUUCUUUUGCUAUUUGGCAAAGAUAUAUGGCUCUACAAAUGAUUUGGGUCAGAGAGGUGGACAAGGUACAUACCAGGAGCUGAAGAAGUAGCUUUGAGGUUCAUGUGAGGACAGGGAUCAUGUCCACCAACUCCAUCGUUCGGUACUCUGCCAAGCAUGUAGUACAGUGCUCUGCACACAGUAAGCACUCAAUAAAUACCAUUGAUUGCUUGACUGAUUGAUUGGAAAAGGAAAAAAAUUGCAGAUCAUUUGAUUCUCCCCUUUGUCCCUUGGUAAUAUGGAAAAGAGAUAUAGCUGCAAAAGUGCAGCAGGAAGCUGGAUUGCUAUAUAACACUGCCUUGAAAGGCUUUGAGGACUAUAGCACAGUAAAGACCAAGCAAGCUCAUAGGCAGCUAGAAAUAGCACAUCAGUCCAGGGUGCUUAAAUGGAGAAGAGAGAGAAAGAGAGAGAGAGCGCGCACAUUACAGAAAAUACAAGGUCAAUCACUAGGCCUUUGCUCCACCCUUUUUCAAGUGUAUUAAAGAGUACCGAUUGUAUAAAGAUCCUUUAAAAGUUGACUUCACGGAUAGCAAAGCUAGACUGGUCCACCAAUACUCCCCUUCCCCUCCCCUGGGAUCAGAUUGGCCAAUCAGAAAGAAGGAAUUGCCCAGGGGUCCUUCUUUGUAGGUCCAUCUGAUCCUGGGAAAGGGGAAGAGGGUGGGUGGGUAAGAGAAUAAAAGUAAUAUUUCCUUCAUGUCAAUGAAGAGAGGUUACUAUGUCAUCGAGGACUGGCCUUUUCUUCCUGAACGGUUGUUCUUGUCCUUCAGAAGCACUGCAGAGAGUCAAGGGAACCUGAGAUUUUUUUCAGCUCUUACAUGCUCCUGAGAUAAGCUGAUGGAAAGUCAGUUCCAGGACGCGUGAGAAGUCUGCUCUCAGAUGAUGAAAAUGGUGGGGUUAGCACUUUCCUUAUAGAAACAGGGGCUUUUUUUCCCCAGUGAUUGAUGAAUCCUAAACCUAUGAGGAAAAACAAAAAGGCUUUAAAAUAAUGACUCUCCGUCUCAACGACCAAUGUUAUAUUCAAUUAAUUUAACUACAUUGAACCAAAUUACCUUCAGUGUCUAAGCAGACAGCUGUAGACUGCUUAUUAUGCUGCUACAGGGACUCGAUUCUUUUUGGUGUAAAUGUCACUCCAGCUAGCUCUUUGUAUAAAGAAUUAAUUCCAAGAGUCAUAUUUCCUUCUAAUGGAAAGAUUACUUUACUGAUUGCUAGGAAAACAGGGUAAUAGAAGGCACUCAAUUAAACCAAGCCGUUUCCAAAUGCAAUAUAUAUUUUAUGAUUGGCUUGUGAUAGGCAAUACUCAUUGUGUGUUCUUGGUGUCUCCCUUUGAGCUUUGAACUUGUAUCAAACUUUUGUUUUCCAAGUUCUGUUAGCCUGGUAUUUUUCAUUGUUUGCCUUCAAUUCCUGCUCAGUGGCAUUGGGAAUUAUUUGUUUCUUCUAUCUUGCCUUUGAAGUUUCGUUCAAUUUAUGAAUUGGCUGAGGAUUUUUCCCUCCUACAUCCCACUGCUGGUGUAAGAUCCAACUCAUCAGUGUAGUAAAGGACAAUAUUUGCCCACAGUGCAUGGAAUGGAUUGUCAGUCUCACAUAGAUAUUUUCAGUCACAACUGCAACCGAUGGAUAGGAUCCCAUUGUUCGAAUGUCAAUUUUCAUUUUGAAGGGCAAAGAUCUAUCCGUAAAGGAUCAUUUCCCUAAGCUUGUCUGGGAAGGAAUUUUCUUACGGGGGAGGGUGAGCUUGAAUAGUAUCCCUCUUCUUCAAAUGCCAUCGAGUCAUUUCCGCCCUGUAGCGACUCCAUGGACACACCCUCCUCAGAACGCCCAU